AUGGAAGACGAACAACAAGCUGAACUAAUUGAGGAAUGUAAUGUUUUGCGUCGCGAAUUAAAUGAUUUAAUGACAAAUGAUUUCGAUCGUGUUCUAACAGAAAUAACUGAUAUUCUUAAAACUUUAAUUCGUUCAUUAAAGCGUCCAGAUGAAUCAACAGACAUAACAUCAUCUGAUUCUACUGCUAAACCAAUCGUACUAUCAUUAACUCAUCCACAAAACAGUGAAAUUUUAAAAUGUACUGUAACUUUACUGGGAUCGGAUAUAACAACAGCUGAUGUAGUUUAUAAAGCUGGAACAAAAGUUCAACCACCAAUGAAUAAUGCAUUCCGAACAACAAUAGCAACACAACAAAUGAAAUAUUGGUCACUUCAACAAUUACAUGAAUGUACACAACAUCUUGAACGUGCAUUACGUUGUGUUGUAUUAACAGAUUUCGAUCGUAAUAUUGAACAAUUAUAUAAAGCUAUACAAUAUCUUGAUUUAAUUAUUGAUUGUAUUAAUAAUGCGAGAGAUAAUAUUUUAUUACCAAAGAAAAAACGUAUUGAUGAUUUAAGACGAAAUAAAAAUACAACAAUUUUUCAACCACCAAUACCAGAAAAUAUGGCAUUUAGUUAUUAUGUACAAGGUUCAAAAUUAUCAUUUGCUGUUUAUCAUACAAGUGUUCAAGGAAAAUCAAGUGGUUAUUUUAAACAUUUUAUUGAAGCUAAUGUACCGGCACUUGCUGAUUUAGUAAAUCAAUUAUCAUACAUACUUUUACAAUUGCAACAACUUCGAGAUAAAUUACGUAUUUUUGACGAGUAUCAAAAUGGAGCCGACUGGAAUACAAAUAAAUAUUUAUUAUAUCGUUGUUCUUUAUCAACAGAUCGGUGUGAAACAAUUUCAGCAGCAUUAAAGCAAUUUUAUUUAAAAGUUCAUCCUGAUUUAUUUUCUCAAUAUCCAAAAGAGAAAGAUGUUAAUGAAAAAAGUUUACAAUUGGUUAGUGCCUAUCUUUCUGGAUUACAACGUAAAGAAUAUAUGGCAUCAAUCAGUGUUAAAUUCUUUACAAAAUCAUUGUCAAAUUUACCUUCUCCAGCACCAGUUUCAUUCAAUUCUCAUCGAGUUACACUUAAUUCAAAUGAUCUUUUAACUAGUGUAAAUAGUUUAUUAACUGCAUUGAAUUUACCUAUUGUUGAUAGACCAAAAGAACAGAAAAACGUUGGUCGACAUGAAAUUCAAUUUAAAAUAAUUGAAAUUGAAAAAUUUUAUGAUUUUACAAAAAUUCCUAAAAUAUCAAUUAAAACAUGGUUAACAAAUAAUAUUGAAGCAGCACGUGUCAUAGCUAAACGACAUCAAGAAUUAUUGAAUGAAAUCAAUGAUAAAGUUAAUAGUAUUACAGAACGUUUUAAACUUAAAUCAAUUGAAUAUAGUGAUGAUUGGUCUGUACCACAAUUUUCUACUUGUUUAAGAACAUUACUUAUGUAUGCUGAUAAAUGGCAUGAAAAACUUUUGACUUUACAAGGUAAACGACUUAUAUUUGGAAAUAAAUCAUGUUUACUUCAAGAUGGUUCACUUGAAUUAAGUGCUAAUGAUCCACCUAUUUAUUGGGAUCAUGUUAUUUGUUGUGAAUUACUUGAUUCAAAUAAAUAUAUGGAAAAAAUAGCUUCAUAUGAAAAUAAUUUAAGUCAAUAUUUUCGUGGUAUUACAAUUCGACAAGAUCCUGAUUCAGAAUCUUUAUGUCGUGCACAUACAUAUUUAUAUCAUCUUAUACAAUUAAGUUCACAUCUUAAUUUAAAUCGUCAUCAUGAAGCACAUAAAAAAAUAUCAUGGGCAAAUUUUUAUUUAUUUAUCAAUCCAUAUAGUUCAGAACCAUCAUUAACUAAUAGUGGAUUUUUUCAAAUAAAUGCAUUUGAUGCAACUAUGGAUAUAUUAGAAUUUAUGAUUGAUAAUAGAAAACAAGCCGAAAAAACACGAAAUUUAUAUGAAAAAGAUGUUGUUAAAGAGCGUAAUUUACUUGAAAUAAUACAAAAACAAUUUAAUUUAACUGAUAUACUAAUCAAUCGACGUUUAAAAAAACGUGAUAUUAAUCAAUGCUGUCAACGCUUACUCGAUGAGCGGCAACAUUUUUUAAAUAUUUUGACAAAAUGUCGUCUUAAAAUUGAUAAAAAUUAUAAUCUAGCACAAAAUGGUACUAUAUCAAUACCAUGGGAUUGGUCCUUUGCAUCAAAUGAAACACUUUAA